UAUGAUUGGUCAUGAAAGGGGAUUUCCAGAAGUAAUGGCUUCACAGGGAACACAUGCUCUUUCAUUCAAAAUAUUGGCAGAAUGCUCAACUACAAAGGCAAGAGCCAGUUUUAUGAAACUUCCGCAUGCAACAGUGGAUACUCCUGUUUUCAUGCCUGUUGGGACGCAAGGAACGCUGAAAGGACUUGUUCCUGAUGAACUUAGGGAGUUAGACUGUCGGAUCAUAUUGGGGAAUACGUACCACUUAGGUCACAGACCGGGUCCAAAGUUGUUGGAGAAAGCUGGUGGUUUGCAUGAAUUUAUGAAAUGGGACAGAGCUCUUCUAACUGACAGUGGGGGCUUUCAGAUGGUAUCUCUCCUGAAAUUGGCAGAAAUCACAGAAGAGGGAGUCAAAUUCCAGUCUCCUCAUGAUGGAUCAGAAAUGAUGUUGACUCCAGAGCACUCCAUACAGAUACAGAAUACCAUUGGUGCUGAUAUUAUAAUGCAGCUGGAUGAUGUUGUCCACAGCUGUGUAACAGGACCAAGGGUGGAAGAAGCCAUGUACAGGACAAUCCGAUGGUUGGACAGGUGUUUAAAGGCUCACAAGAGACCACAUGACCAGAAUAUAUUUCCCAUAGUGCAAGGUGGUUUAAAUCCAGAACUCAGAAAAAAAUGUGCUCAAGAACUGACCAAGAGAGAAGUACCAGGCUUUGCCAUUGGUGGCUUAAGUGGAGGAGAGUCGAAGGAUGAAUUUUGGAGAAUGGUGAAUAUAUCAACUGACCAUUUACCAAAGGGCAAACCACGUUACUUGAUGGGAGUGGGGUUUGCUGUUGACCUUGUGGUGUGUGUGGCUCUUGGCUGUGAUAUGUUCGACUGUGUUUUUCCUACUAGAACUGCAAGAUUUGGUAAUGCAUUGACUACCACAGGAACCCUAGUUUUACAUCGACCAGAAUUUGCUGAAGAUUUUCGACCAAUUGAAGAAGACUGUAUAUGUUCUACCUGUAAGAAUUACACCAGAGCUUACCUUCAUGGUUUGGUAGAGAAUGAAGCUGUAUCAUGUUCCCUAAUGACCACCCACAAUAUCGCAUACCAGUUGAGGUUAAUGAGAACUAUGCACAAGAAUAUAAUGGAGGACACCUUCCCAGAAUUCAUUCAGGACUUCUUCGACAAACUCUACUCUAAUGGUGACUACCCAAAGUGGGCAGUGGAUGCAUUAGCUUCUGUCAAUGUCCACUUGAAAAAAUCUUGAUGAUGGCUAAAGAUGCUGGAGAAUGGAGUGAACUGGAUAUCAACUGUGUCAGCAGAUAAGGGUGUUCCUGUAACAUUGAAGUAACCAAGAACUCAAUCAGAAGUAGAUAUUUACUGUACAAGUGAUAAUGUCAGUGGUCAGUCUGAUUGACCUUUGCAUAUAGCCAUGUUGUAUAGUGUGUACUGAAACACACUGUUACUACUGAAGCUCAUACAUAUGAUGACUAAGCAGUUGUUCGAAAGUCCUAGAUUCUGCUGGAGGGGUGUUUAACAGCUGCAUGUAUUGAGAAUACAGAUGGAGUACUAUGGCCAACGAUAUAUGGCCAGUCUAGGAUUCAAGCCACUGAACAUCGCACUGCCACAUGCUCCAUACCUUUGUAAUCCAUAAAUUGGAAAUCUAAAUGAAAACCCUUUUGACCAAAAUUAUUUGGUCCUUGCAACCCAUGGAUAAAUAUUUAUGUAGAAAGGAAAUAUGAAUGCAUUUUGGACAACAUUUUCAACAAAUUGAAAAAUAAGACAUACAUGUACACUAAAAUUCAAGAAAAAGAAAUCUGUAAUAGGGAUUUGAAGAAAAAGUAUAGAAAAAUGAAUUUUUUCAUGUUUUCUUUUUAGUCUUUGAGCACUUUUCUUGGUUGGUAUAAAAUGGAAGAAGUUGAAUUUUAGCCUUAUACAUACAUUUUAUCUCUUCAACUGAUGAUGCUUUGAUGAGUGUCAGUUAAAGGUGCAAUCUGAUUAAGAUCAGCUUUUUUCAGCUCCAUUUAUUACACACUAAGCCACAAGUCGCUGGGCUUGAUGAUACUGUAGUUUUUGUAAACAGAUAUUAUGAUUUUGAAAUGGUUGGAAAAUCAUAUUCAUAUAAUAGUCUUUGAUGAACAACAUUUUUAAUGGUUCUUUUGACUUGUAGUUGCAUUUGGACAUAAUCUGUAUCUUUUUCCUGCUGCAGUAUUCAAUACACACCUGGCGAAUCACGUGACUUUGGCAUGACCUAUUAACCGGAAAAUUUACGACAACAACACAAGGGAAAAUGCAAACGAGUAAGUAACACCUUUAUCAAUAAGGAAUUGUCACAUAACUUAUAUCAACAAUUGAAGGAUUUUCUCAGAAACAAAUCUAUACUAAAAUGGUAGUUCUACGUGUGCGAUAGAAGCAGAGAACAUUGAUAGUUUUUUGUUUUCAGUCAAAAACUUUCCGACCACGAAAAAACUGUCGUUAGUGUUCUCUGCUUUUGUCGUACAUAGAACUACCAUUUUAGUAGAGAUUUGUUCUUGAGAAAAAUUUUAAAAUGUUGAUAUAUUCGUUAUCGAUAAAGGUGUUACUUACUCGAUUGAAUUUUCCCUUGUGUUGACUUUUGUCGUCAUUUUUCUGGGUAAUAUGUCAUGCCAAAUUCACGUGUUCGCCACCUUGACUACGGAUAGCAAAAAGGAAAUCGGGUUAUAAUCAGAUACAUGUAGUCAUUCCACUGACCUCCAAAAUGAAAUAAAAUUUGAUAUAAAAUGUACAUUUAAAAUGAUCAAUUCUGAUCCAUUCCAUUUUUGUGUACAUUAUGCAUUAAUGUAUAGAUUUAUUUUCAGAAUAUAUAGUACAAACAUUUUAGUUGUGUGUGAAUACACAGUAUAAUAUUAUUUGUUGGUAUCAGGUCGUUCCGUCCCACAGUCGGUCCGUCCCUAGACGGUCCGUCCCACGGUCGAUUCGGCCCAUUUUGCUUAGUCGAUCCGGCCCCUCCAAUUUUUUUUAUCAAAGAUAUAAUAAAUGAAUAAUUACUUAAGACAAAGGGACGUUUUUGCAUAUAUAUUGCAGUUAGUUAUCAAAAUUAGAUAACUGGCGAUGGUGUACAGUAGAUUUAUAGCGCAGACUGCCCAGUAGGGCCCCUGCUAUUAGAUAACUGCCGAAAUUAGACGUGUAAAUAAAAUUGUUUAUUUAGGAUUUAUAAUUUUUGUUUGAAGUGCGAUGGUUAUGAAAAUGUGUGCUCAUUAACUAUUGUAGAAACAUCGUUAUUUAAAUAUGUAUAGCAAUCAAUGUAAAUGUGUGUCCCCUGUCUACUGAUUAUUGUGAAAACACCUGAGUGAAAACAGUUUUAUAACUGCAUUGUUGUGCAACCUUUGGUCAUUAAUUACGAGCUUACAGUAACCUAACUAUUCUUUGUAUUGAAAGUGAAGCCCACUUUAUCGAAUAUUGUGAUGUGUAUAAUGAUCUUUGAAAAAGCUGUCAAAUAUCAAAACAGCAUAUUAUUGUCAUCCUACCUGAUGACAGAAGAUAUCAGCGGCACACAGCCACACACACCAUGAAGAUGAAAUACGCAGAUGAAUUAAACUAAUUCAGUACUGUAAAUAGCUUGGAAAAAGGUAAUUAUUUUUUCUGGGCCGGAUCGACUAGGGGACGUAUUAACUAGGGGACGGAUAGUCUAGGGACGGAUCGGUAAUGGGACGAAUCGACUAAGGGACGGAUUGAUAAUGGGACGGAACGUCUAGAAAGCUUGUUUCCUCAGAGUUAGGACUUUCUUUCAUUUGUUGGGAAAUGUUAGGCUUAAAUCGUUUUAAAAUAGAAACAUCUUUUUUAACUGAAUAUAUUUUAUUACAGACUUGUAAUCAACAUUGCCAUUUGUUAAUUUACACUAAUGAGAGAGGAAUUGAUAUAAAUGCAUAAUUAUGCUCUUGUUUUCCAAUCUCGACAAUUCAAAUGAUGUAUUUAAAUCAUGUUCUUGGUUGGGUUUUUUUUUAAAUAAAUACAGUUUAAACUAG